AUGGGCUCCUCUGCCUCCAUUUCGCCCAGUCCCCCCGCGCAGUCGACGACCACUCGGACAAGCCCGCUGGAGACUGUCAGGGACUACUCAUUUCCAACCCAUUACCUGCGGCGCCAUCUGACGCAUGCGAAAACCCCUCUGGUUCUGGUAGCCUGUGGAAGUUUCUCCCCCAUCACGACGCUACACCUGCAGCUCUUUGAGUUGAGCGCCCGUUAUGUCGAGAGCACAGAUUUCGAAAUUGUUGGCAAGUACAUUAGCCCAUGCAGUGACGGUUACGGCAAAAGCUCCCUUGUCCCUGCCCAGCAUCGCAUCAACAUGUGCACCUUGGCGAUUGAAGAGAGACAGAGCGAUGUCAUGAUCGACGAGUGGGAGGCACUGCGAACCGACGACUCAGGGCGGCCGAUGUAUACACCCACUGCUGACGUUUUGAAGAGGCUUGACGAGCAAAUAAAUGACGUUAUCGGGGGCAUCAAGACACCCGAUGGGAAGACUGUGAGAGCCAGGGUCAUGUUGCUCAUGGGUGCUGACCUGGCUUUGACAAUGGGUAAUCCCAAGUCGUGGUCCUCUGCUGACCUCGAUGUGCUAUUGGGAUUCUACGGCGGCUUUGUCGUCGAGCGCCCCAAGCAGUGUGACAUCAAGGAUGCUUUGGCGCCUCUGGAAAAAUACAAACACAACGUCUGGGUUGUCCCAUCUUUCGAGAACGAUGUUUCGUCUACCAAGGUCCGGGAGCAAAUCCAGAACGGGGAAAACGCCAUGGACCUCCCUAAAUCAGUAUUUGAUUAUAUCAAAACCCAAGGUCUGUAUCAGAUUGUCCGUCCCACGGAAGACGAGAGCGGGGAGACAGAUAAGCAGCUGGCAAAUUCCUCGGCUACGUCAAAUAGGUGA